AAGUGAGCUGUCCCACCAUCUCCGUGUGCUGGCGGCCCGCGAGGCUGCGCACGGCUGGCAAGCGCUCGUUCCUGGUGACGGACUUGACCGUCUGAGCCAGCCUGCGCGCGAAAAUGGCUCGUCGAUACGCCGUCGCGGCGCUGCUCACGAGCUUGGCCACGGCCCUGCUGGCCCCCAUCCCGAGGCCGCACAACACAAAGCUACACUCUACAUCAGUCAAGGAGAUGUCGGACAUGAUGCGCGAGCAGCGCAAGCUCAUGGAGGAGGACGAGCAGACGAAGCUCGUCAUGCAGGCGCUGCGGGGCGCCAAUACGAACGAAGACGACUUCCAGGACGCGAACGUGAGGAUGAAGGUCGUCGAGAUGCGCGAGGGCGAGAAGGACUUGCCCACAACGUACGACCCCGAGGCUUUAGCUGACUACUUCGGGAAGCGGCCGGGCGCGGUCUUUUCUCGUGUGUUGCAGGUUGUUUCCACCUCAGCUUCAUACUUGACUGGUCUAGCGUGGGAUGCCGCCCGUGGCAAGCUGGAAGAAGCGGAAGUCGCAAGGGCGGCCCAACUACGCCGCACUAUCGUCUCGCUGGGACCGUUCUUCAUCAAGUUGGGCCAAGCUCUCAGUAUCAGACCUGAUAUUCUCUCGCCGCGAGCCAUGGUCGAAUUACAGCAGCUAUGCGACAAGGUACCUUCCUUCCCAUCUGAUUUAGCGUUUGCGACCAUUUGUGAGGAAUUAAAUGUCAACUCAGUGAAAGACGUCUUCUCCGAGAUCACGCCGGAGCCCGUCGCGGCGGCAUCCCUAGGGCAAGUAUAUAAAGCUACUCUACGAUCAACAGGUGACGAGGUGGCGGUAAAGGUACAACGGCCCUUCGUGCUCGAGACGGUGUCGUUGGAUCUGUAUCUGGCACGGCAGUUGGGUAUUGGGUUACGAAACUUUGCGCCUAGCUUCGUUACCGAGAGGUUAGAUGUGAUUGAUUUGUUAGAUGAGUUCGCGGGACGCUUCUACGGCGAACUGGACUAUGUAUUGGAGUGCGAGAACGGUGAAAGGGUCAGGGAGGACAUGAAGAACUUACCACGAGUGUUGAUCCCGAAGAACUACCCCGAGGUGACUACUAGACGAGUCCAUGUGGCCGAGUGGGUCGACGGGGAAAAACUCUCACAAAGUACAGCGGACGAUGUGGCGGAGCUCGUGAAUUUAGGUGUGGUGACCUAUCUCACACAAUUGUUAGAUACGGGCUUCUUCCACGCCGACCCGCACCCGGGCAACAUGUUACGAGCUCCCGACGGGCGGUUGGUCAUUUUGGACUUUGGCCUCAUGACGGAGGUGACGGACGAUCAAAGAUAUGGCAUGAUCGAGGCCAUCGCCCAUUUGAUACAUAGGGACUACGAUCGGAUUGGCGACGACUUUGUGAACCUAGAUUUCAUCCCCGAGGGUACAGACGUCAAGCCCAUCGUACCGGCGCUCGCUCGGGUCUUCGACGCGGCCCUCGCGGGCGGCGGCGCCAAGGCCAUCAAUUUUAAUGAUCUCGCUGCCGACUUGGCGGAGAUCACGUUCACGUUUCCCUUUCGCAUUCCGCCGUAUUUCGCGCUGGUGAUUCGCGCGAUCGGCGUGCUCGAGGGCAUUGCCCUAGUGGGCGACCCGGGCUUCGCGAUCGUGGACGAAGCCUACCCCUACAUCUCUCGUCGAUUGCUGACGGAUACCUCACCAAGACUGAGAGCUGCUCUGAAGUACAUGGUCUACGGGCAGUCGGAAAGAUUUGACGUCGACCGAGUGAUUGAUAUGUUAGGAGCCUUAGAACGGUUCGCCGCCGUGAAGAAGCUCGCGGAUAGGGAUGUGGACAUCGUCAUUUCCGAGAGUAGAGAGACGGGUUUGGUCCGAGAGGCGGACGCUCCUAUCCUUGACAGAUCAAUAGUGCCGCAGGACGAGGACGCGGCCAGAGACGCGUUAGCCUUCUUCUUCGGCGAAGAUGGGGAAGUAUUUCGCGAGUUUUUGUUGGAUGAACUCGUCAAGAGCAUCGAUGCCGGGGCGCGCGCGACGCUGCCGAUUCCGCGGCCACCUUUAGCAAGCCCGCGCGUGACGACGUUCUUGGCGAAGUUACAGCCACCUGCGGAUGACGACGAUAGAGCGGCCAUCGAAAACGCUCGGAAAUUGGUCGCGUUCCUGCUGAGAAACGACAACAACGUAGAUUUGUCGUCGGUCGCGCCGUCGCGGACGUCCGCGUCCGUCUUGCGGCAGCUGCGGGCCCUGUCGCCGGUCGUGAAUGAACGGCGGGACGACCUGCGGCUGUUCGGCACGAAGCUCGCGGCGCGGCUCGCGGAGAAGCAGCUCGCGCGGAACUUCGACGCGCUCGGGUCACUCAUCGCGCCGGCGGCCAGCCGCUAGCUCUCUCGUGUAACUUAUUGUAUGGGUC